CUCAGCGCGGAACUUAGAGCGAGGAGUUGCCAUUCGAAUUUACUACGCGGCCUCGAUGCGAUUGGCUGAUUCGCGGACAGCGGGGCGACCUGAUUGGCCGGACGCCCACUAGUCCCGUGCCCUGGUUGGCCUAAGACAGCGCGGAAGCGGGGAGUUAAAGAGUCUGUGCCUGUCGUGGGCGCCGGCCUGUCUCCGCCGAGCACCCUGGAGUUGGUGUCGGGGGCUUCCUUUUUAGGCACAGCAGUAGUUUUUUCUCUGUGCUAUGGGAGAUGUCAAAGAAUCAAAAAUGCAGAUAACACCGGAAACUCCAGGAAGAGUCCCUGUUUUAAAUCCUUUUGAAAGUCCCAGUGAUUAUUCUAAUCUUCAUGAACAAACUCUCGCCAGUCCUUCUGUUUUUAAAUCAACAAAAUUACCAACUCCGGGGGAAUUUAGGUGGUCUAUAGAUCAACUAGCUGUAAUAAAUCCUGUAGAAAUAGACCCAGAAGAUAUUCAUCGUCAAGCUUUAUACUUAAGUCAUUCUCGAAUAGAUAAAGAUGUGGAAGACAAAAGACAAAAAGCCAUUGAAGAGUUUUUUACUAAAGAUGUCAUCGUACCCUCUCCUUGGACAGAUCAUGAAGGGAAACAACUUCCAGAGUAUCAUUCUAGUAAAUGCAUUAACAUAAAUAGUGACUCUCCAAUUAGAAGAAAGCUGACCAUUCACUCUGAGAAAAGCAAUGUUGCUUGUCAGACAUUGCUGUCUCUUCCUGUGGAUUUUAAUUUAGAAAAUAUAUUAGGUGACUAUUUUAGAGCUGAUGAAUUUGCAGAUCAGUCUCCUGGAAACCUCAGUUCUUCAUCCCUCAGAAGAAAGCUGUUUUUAGAUGGGAAUGGAAGUAUCUCUGACUCCUUACCACCAGCUUCUCCCCAAAGUCCUCAUGGUGGUGCUCAAGCAUCACUUGAGGUUUUUUAUUCAAUAGAUUUAUCUCCUGUACGUUGUAGGAGCCCUGUGCAGACACCAAGUUCGGGACAGUUUUCUUCUAGCCCUAUUCAGGGUAGUGCCAAAAAAUACAGUUUGGGAAGCAUAACCAGUCCACCUAUUUCUUCACCUACUUUCUCACCAAUUGCCUUUCAAAUAAGAAAGACACCACUCUCAGAACAAAGGAAGUUUACUUUUCAUUCUCCUGAUGCUUCAUCUGGAACAAAUUAUAAUGGAAUUACCAAUCCGUGUAUCCGAAGUCCUUAUAUAGAUGGCUGCUCACCAAUUAAAAAUUGGUCUCCCAUGAGACUUGAGAUGUGUAGAGGUAGUACUCAAUAUCGAACCUCGCUGUUUCGAAUCCCGUUUACUCUUGAGACUCACAGUGAAGAUGAAGAAGAUAAAGAGAAUAUUCCUUCCACAGAUGUCUCAUCACCAGCCGUGGAUGUUGUGGGAGUACCCCUGCGGCAGUUGAAUGGUGAUGCUUCUAAACAUGGCACACGUGUGGUUGUGACUGCGAUGUCUAUUUCACAGAACCAGUCCAGUGCUUUGGAGAAAGAAUUAGCACUUUUGCAGGAUGUCGAAAGUGAGAAUAACACUGUGGAUAUGGUCGAUCCUAUAGAGAUAGCCGAUGAGAAUACUUGGAGUAAGGAGCCAGUUGAUAAUGGGAGUUUACCUGUAACAGAUUGUGUGAGUGGAAUUGCCUUCAGUAUUGAAAACUCCCAUAUGUGCAUGUCACCUCUUGCUGAAAGCAGUGUCAUUCCUUGUGAAAGCAGUAACAUUCAGAUGGAUAGUGGCUAUAAUACACAGAACUGUGGAAGCAAUGUUAUGGAUGCAGUUGGGGUAGAAAGUUACUGCAAAGAAAGUGAUGUUCAAGUCUAUGAAGUUGAAAAUAAAUCUCAAGCUUUAAAUAUCAAGCAAGACCAUACUACCCAGCGGUGCUGGAUGAAAACAGCAAAUCCUUCUGCAUGCAGCAGUCCAUAGAAUACCUCUCUCAGAACCAGAGACUCUCACUGAGUAGUAAUAAUCUCACAUGUUUAUGCACAAGAUCAAUAAUGUGAUGGUAACUGGGAAAAAAACUGCUUUAAGUAACAUGCUUGGCUUUUCUUCUUUCCCUUCUUAAUGUGAAAAAUCAAGGGCUUAAUUUAAUUACAAAGAAACAACAGAAAGCUCCUGGAACUUACAGUUGUCGAAUUACAUGUUUAUUUUUUAUCAAUAAAUAUUUUUAUACUUACCUUGAGUGAUGUGUUUAACAAGAAAAGAAAUGUGACAGAGCUGAUUUGCUAUCCUACUGGGUCAGUGGACUAGCUUAUUCCUACUGACAGGUGUAAAAAUAUUAAAACUGAUAGCACCAUAGAUUUUUACAUAUGUACUUGUGAACAAAUGAAUAUUGUAACCAGUGUAAAAAAACUCCUAUUUAGAUAUAAAACAAAUCUACUGAAGAGGCAGAAAAGAAAGUUACAUAGGUUUUCUGAAAAUUUAAGUCUAUUAAUUUUUGUGGGGAAAACUAAUUCCAGUGGUAAUUGCUCUAGUUACUUUUUAAAAAUGUGAAAACUAGAAAAGUUAUACUGACGGUAUCAUUGUGUUAUCUGUAGAGUGAAUGUGGGAUUCUCACAAUAAGAUACCUCUAUUCUUAGAGUAGGAACAUCAUUUUCAACUCAAACUUGGCUAGGGAUAGCACAUGGAGAACUAGAAGAAAUACUGAACCUGGGAAGUGUGUAGGGUUCAUGCUGGGCUGACUUAUAAAUGACCAGUUGGACAGAUAUGUUAACUUAAAUACAACCACAGUUGACCCUUAACAUGGUGAGGGGUGGGUAGGGUAGGGGGAUUAGCCUCUGCACUUGAAAAUGUGCAUAUAACUUUAGACUCCUCCUAACUUACUACCAAUAAUCUAUUGACUGGAACCCUAAAUGAAAACAUAAACAGUUGAUACACAUCUUGUAUGUUUUAUGUAUUAUAAUACUGUAUCCUUAGUAUAAAGCUAAAGAAAAUAUUAAAAUCCUAAGAAAAAUGUUUAUAGUGCUGUGUUCAUCAAUAUCAUUAAGUUUGUAAGAUGAAUAGUUUGUCUUGUCUUCGAAAAAGUAUCUGUAAGUAGAUCUACACAGGUCAAUCUCAUGGUAUUCAAGUCAACUGUUGAUACUUUUUUAAAAAUUUCCAUUAUCUUGGGAGUUAGAUGGGUAUGUAACAUGUUUGGGAAUAUCUUGGAGAAUGUAUAUACUCAUGAAUUACCUUUUAAAAUUGUCUCACUCAAAAGGGAAUUGCAAUUCAUACAUAGCCUUAGGAAAUAAAGACGUAAUUAUCCUUGUA